ACUUCACUCUCUUUACCAACCUGUAAUAUCCUUAAAAAAAGAAACCGCUUUUUUAGCUUGUUUUUUAUACACACAUCCCUUUUAUACCAUUUAUUGUUACUAUUAUAGUAAUAAUAUCAAUAUACAUAAAUAAUGGCGCAUAAUAGAUAUCAGGGUCCCGUCUUUGGUGGCCGUAACGGUCGUAGACGAUCCUCUGCUGCAACUCAUGAAAUCUCUCACUAUGAUGCUGAGAAUCACAGUGGACUUUUUCAUAACCGAUCUAACCUUAGUGCUGUAGAUAGCCGGAUAUCCGAAACCUCUCAACGCAAUAUGGCGAACGACAGUUACAUGAGCAAUAACAACGCAUCAUCAAUAAGAUCCGCCUCUGUAAGAGGCCAACUUCAUGGUGAACACGGUGCACAUAUUACCCCAUAUCAUGAUCCGGCUGGAAAACCUCUUCGUAGACAUGGUACGGAAACCAUUGGUGAUUUAUUGUUGCAUCCAUUAAAGGAGUUACAAUUGCACCAAAAAAGAGUUGAUGCUUAUGAAGCUGAAAAAAACCAAUGGAACGAAAAACAUCCUGAAUCCAUCGCAUCUAAACAUGACAUUGUCAAUCUGGAAGAACCAAUCAUUGAAGUCAGGAAAAGACUGACUAUGCAUUUUAGACAUUUGGUGGGUGAACAAGAUUUUCAUUUCACGGAUGAGAUGCUUGCUGUGAUAACUGAGCCUCUUGAUCUGACUCCUGAAGAGCUGGAGAGAAUGAAAAAGUUUCACGAUACAGAUGAUUUAAUUGACUUUUUAGAACACACCAAAAGAGAUUAUUCCGUCAAGGUUCAUAAAACAGUUGCCUUUCGAGCUGAAUUAGCCCAAAAAAGAUGUGAAUUUGAAGACUCUUUCAACUCUUUUGAUUUGGGUGACAAGUCAUCUAGUUCAGGUUCUACCCAUAAAUCCUCAACAGACAAACAACCGAUUCAAAAGUCCGAUUCCGGAAACCUCACUGUCAGACCACGUCCUCAUAAAAACCACUCCCCCAGCGAUGUUAUUCUUGAUUUAAACGAGAAUGUUUACAUACAAAUACAAUUUAUUGAGAUCAAGAGAGAGCAUGAGGGCGACAAACAAAGACGUGCCUUCUUUUUGGUGCCUGAUCCAGAUUUGUCCGAUGAAAUUGGCGAAGAAACCUCCGCUACUUGGGUAGAACUGUUGGGCGAUGUAUUUUACGUUGGUUGGAUUACAAAUUUUACACAUUCAAUCCAUAUCUCGAGUCUUUCAAGUUUAGGAACUUAUGCAGCUUGGUUUGUUAUCAUGUGGUGGACUUGGUGUUCAAGCGCUUUAUAUUCAUCAAGAUACGAUCAUGGAGAUGUUGCACAUCAUAUCUACAAAAUUAUUGAAUUGUGUGGUCUGAUCAUCAUGGCAGGUUCAAGCGGCAAAGUAAAUUUUGAAGAGAGUCCCAGAAUGUUUAUUAUCGGCUACAUCAUCAUGAAAUCGGUUAUCGCAUUCGAGUACCUUGUUGUGUUUUCAGUAUCCCUCGGAGCGCACUUUAAAUCGUCGCGUCGGCCCCUUGGGCUUUACGUCGCUGCCAGUAUGAUUUCAAUUGCCAUGUGGGGAGUGUCGCUCUUAUAUGUAUCGAGAGAAGAUAUGUCGAAGCGAUAUGCAUUAUGGUACUUGAGUAUCGGUAUGGAGUUGGUGAUACACAUCAUGCAACAAAGCAACAGUCGUGUUUCUUUGGCUGCUAGUCAUUUAGGCGAGCGUUUCGGUUUAUUUACUCUAAUCAUCUUGGGUGAAAAUUGUAUGGGAUUUAUUCAAAUGGUGUCGGAGGCUGAUCCCACUCCAAGUGUCAUUGCCUGUAAUGUGUUUGGUGUCACCAUCAUUUUCUGUUACUUCUUUAUGUAUUUUGACGAUUUCAGCGGUGAAUGUAUGGCUACAACAAAACUCAGUCAACUCUGGAUGUAUCUCCAUUUCCCUUUACACUUAUUCCAGGUCGCAUUUGGUAUUGCAUUAACAGAUGUUAUUACAAAUCAUGGUGCCAAGGAAGAUACGGCAAGCUUCCUAUCCGAAACAUUUGAGCAAUGCGCUGCUGCUGCCUCUUCUCUGGGUCAUACCGCUGAAGCAACUGCAGCUGAACAUGGGACCACAGAACACGCUGCUGCUGCUGCCACUAAUACUACAUCUGUAAUCACCUCUCAUUAUACCAUGUUUAGUGUAGAGGCUGGUCAUGACAGUGCACUUAACUGUGACCCCUUAUUUACAAUCAAGGCAUUUUGGAUUACAGCUGGCUUAAUUCUGUGCUUUAAUGCAUUUAUUAAAUGGGUCAAUACACCUGUCAAAGGAGCUCAUUAUAAAUCUCACAUCAUUUGUGUAUCUCGAAUCAUUAAUGCUAUUGUAUUUUUUGCACUUUCUGUGACCACUUAUGCCCACAUGGAUGGCCUUGCUAUGGUAUCAGUCAUGAUGGCUUGUUUAUUAUUCCAAUCUGCUGUUGAUUUAUUAGAUUAAAAAUUCACAUUCUGUCAGAUUAAAGUUUUACCGUGGCCCAAUUUUUAUAAUUUGUUUGAAAAAGUAAUACAAAAAUAUAAUCGCUUCAUGUAGUCCUAGCUAAAUCACUAAAGAUCAAACCGUCAUCGGACAGAACAAUAAAGAAGUUUUUAAAGUCAUUUGACAUUUCAGCGAGACAGAGGUGUGGAAUAAAUAAGACAGUGAUAGGCUUAAAAUGCUUACAGUGAUAGACACAUACUAGCAAUGCUCGCACAAAGACCGUCA